ACGCGGCUGCCGGGCAGGUGAGUUCACAGGUGCUAGAUGGCAGUCACUACCUGGCUUCGGUGAUAUUCACACGUCUGUGGGACCCCUGGCACGCCCACCCUUAUUGUCGCGUGUGUGUGACAGUGACGGCCGGGGUAACUCGUAGAUCGGUAUAUGUAUGUGUAUGAAAGUGUUUCGAUAUGUUCUCACUCUCAUCCUGACUGUGUACUGGAUUACAUGUACUGUAACGCUUGCUGUACCAUGUGACGUGUUACGGACAAAUAUCGUGCAUUACAACGUGUCGUUUUAUCUUUUCUCGUCGACCCGGCCUGACCUAUGAUGAUGAAUGCAGGAGAGUGCGCGGUGGGCGGUUUCGGGCUUCCGUCCGUAGGCGUGGCCGCGUCCUCCCCCAGCCACGCCCAUCUGGACUAUAAUGACAACAUUACGCCCACGCCCAUGACCGGCCACCUCCCCGAGGGCGGCCUGCAGCACUACACGCACCACGGAGGCCUGACGGCGGGUUCGUACCCCGGCGGCGGCGCCCUCUUCCAGCACUACCACGGCGGAGGCGGUCCGCUGCGGGCGGGCCAGGGCGGCCAUGGCGCGGGCGGCAUGAUGUACAGCGGCGUCCACCCACCCUCCCUCAUGGCCCACCGCAUCCGGCGCCCGAUGAACGCCUUCAUGGUGUGGGCGAAGGUGGAGCGCAAGAAGCUGGCCGACGAGAACCCCGACCUGCACAACGCCGACCUCUCCAAGAUGCUCGGCAAGAAGUGGCGCUCCCUCACGCCCACGGAGCGCCGCCCGUACGUGGAGGAGGCCGAGCGCCUUCGCCUCAAGCACAUGGCUGACCACCCCGACUACAAGUACCGCCCGCGGCGCCGCAAGCAGCAGCAGCCCAAGAAGCCCGGCGGCUCCUCGACGCCCGGCGCCUCCGCUGCCUCCACGCCUUCGUCCACCUCCUCCACGCCCACCGUCACCUCCUCGCCCUCGGUGGAGGCGCAGCUGAGGAAGGUCGCGAGUCCGUCCAUCCCGGGCGGGUUCCUGCAGGCCACGCUCACGGCGCCGCUUAACAACAACAACAACGCGAGCAGCAACACGAGCAUCCCAUCGCUGCCGCCCACGACCUUCACGCCGCCCACCACCUUCACGCCGCCCGUGCUUCCGGCGCUCCACACGCCCGACACCUCACCCACGUGCUCCCCCGAGCCCGCCUGGCCUCCCCCGCAGCCACCCCAGGCCGCGCCCCUCGGAUGCACCCUCGCCGCCCUCCCGACGCCGCCCGAGGCC